AUGAUCAGAUCAUUGUCCUUGCUCAAGAGAUGCAAUACAUCAAUUGUAAUGCCAUCAUCAUCAACAUACAUUAGGUUCAAUGCCACACGUAGUACACUACAGUUGUUUGGAUCAACACAGCAGCAGCAACAGAUACAAUACAGAAACUACAGCAGCACGGUUGAGCCUGCCAAGGUACCAAAACAAUUGAUCAUGGACUUGAGAAGCCGCACCUCUGCCCCAAUAUCAGACUGCAAGAAGGCAUUGGAAGCCAGCAGCAAUGAUAUCGAGAAGGCCGUCCAGUGGCUGCUGGAGAAGGGCAAGGCUACAGCCUCGAAGCUCUCGAACCGUGUCGUGGUCGAGGGUGUGAUCUCAGUGUUGGUCGACAACAACAAGGCCGUCAUUCUCGAGAUGAACAGUGAGACGGACUUUGUGUCGCGUGGCGACACCUUCCGCCAGCUGGCCAAGAGCAUCACCAGCCAGAUCGUUGGCAACAGCAGCACCGAUCUGCUCGGCAAGACUAUUGCCGCACUCGACAUGGACAGAGUCAGCAAGCUGCCAUGCGAGAGCACCACCGUGUCGGACGCGAUAGUCCAGACCGUUGCCAAGCUCCGCGAGAACAUUCAGCUGCGUCGUGCUGCCGGCAUUGGUGCCAGCAAGCCCAACACAAUAGUCUCUGGCUAUGCCCACGACCCAAGCGGAACCCGUCAGUUUGGUCGUCUGGGCUCGAUCAUUGAGAUUGAGUACGACGGACAACCCUCGGACAUGGCUGCCGUCAAGCAGCUGGCCGACGACCUGGCCGUGCACAUUGUUGGAGUCGGCCCGUCAUACGUCUCGAUCGAGAGCGUGCCCAAGGAGGUGUUGGAGGAGGCCGUCAAGAACAAGAGACACCCCAACUCACUCUACGACGAGGUCGUGUUGCUCGAGCAAAAGUUCAUCAGUGGACAGGAUGGCGAGACCGUCAAAGAGGCCAUCGAGCGCGUUUCCAAGGGUUUGAACACCAAUGUCAAAGUCAACUCAUUCGCCAGAUACGUCGUUGGUGAGGGUAUGGAGAAGAAGCAAGAGAACUACCAUGCCGAGGUCAUGGAGAAGAUCAACGCCGCCAAGCAAUAG